AUGGAGAAUAUAGUUGAAGCAUAUAACAGUAGUUCAAGCGAUAACGAUUCGGAGAUUAAACCAGAAAUUCAAAAAAGAGAAGAAAUUGAUAACUCAUCACAAUUUUCGCGAUCUCUUUCUUCUCAGCUUGAAGACACUUCUUUUAAUAAACAAAAAAGAAAAAGAUCAAUAUCAAUGGAGGAAAUGGAUGUUUCUACUAAUAUGAAAGAUUCGAUUUCACAAAAAAAAGUUAGGGGAUAUAUAUCUAAACGAGAAAAAUUAAAACAAGAAAUUGAAUCUAAAAUAAAGGAAAAAUGUUUGUCUACAAUAAAUGAGGAAGUCUGUAGGACGAGUUCUCAGAUUGGUACAUUACUAAGUAUACCUAACAAAAUUAGCUCAGCAUUAGAAGGUACACAAGACAAAAGUAAACCACCGCAUUUUAAUACUGUUCCAAAACGACAAAUUAUUUAUCUUGAUACUAAACACGUCAAUGGGGUGAAUUCGAUUUUAUGGUGCGGUUCAUUUGGUCAGAUAUUGGCUUCAGCUUCUAUGGAUGGUACAGUGCGAAUAUGGGAUGUAUUUAGAUCAAAGAAAUGUGUUCAAGUAUUACACCACGAUGGAGCUGUAAAAGAUAUCCAAUGGAAUCAUAAUCGAAACAAUAUUCUAUCUGGAGGAUAUGAUAAGAUUGUAAAAUUAACCGAUAUUGAGUCAGGAACUGUAAUUCAGAAAUUCCCACACUCACAAAUAGUUACAGCUCUUCGUUGUCAUCCUUUACAAUCAAAUGUAUUUGUUUCAGGCAUGAUAAAAGACGGAAUACAAUCUUGGGAUAUACGUACUAAUAAAUUGAUUAAAGAAUCGAAAAAAUUUUGGGGAAGUGUUAAUGAUUUAGAGUUUUUCCCUGAUGGGAAUAAUAUACUCACUUGUUCUGAUUACGUAGUUAGAAAUGCUGCCGAUAAGAACAUUGUUGUGUGGGAUUUUGACUCGUUGACAGCUAUAUCGAAUCAAAUUUAUCAAGAAGCGUUUUCAUGUACUGCUUUGAGAAUUCAUCCUUUCAAUAAUUAUUUCAUAGCUCAGUCUAAUGCAAAUUAUAUCGCAAUAUUCGGAAUGAAUAAACCUUGGAAGCUAGAUAAACGUAAGAGAUUUGAAGGACAUUUAGUUAAUGGAUAUCCAAUCAGAUGUAAUUUUUCACCCGAAUCUGACUAUAUAGUUUCAGGUGAUUCAAAUGGAGGAAUAUAUUUUUAUGAAUGGUCGUCUUCAAAAGUUAUAAAAAAGAUUGAAAAUGCCCACCAAGGAAUUUGUACUGAUGCAUGUUGGCAUCCUGUAUUAAACGGAAUUGUUGCUAGUUGUGGCUGGGACGGUAAUGUGCUCAUAUGGGGAUAA